AUCUCCCGCCUGAUGAAGUACUUCCCCGAACAGAACGAGCUGCAGAUGCGGCAGCGGCUCAAAGAAUUCAUGGAGCACCACCGGCGCGGUCCACAUCAAGGCUUCUGGCGCCUGAAGGGGAACUGGACUAUCCCGUCCGAUGCGGACAUGCUGAAGAUGGUGACCCCAGAGCAGGUCGUCCUCUCCGAAAGCAUGCAAGUUGGCCAGCGCCACCUGCAAGACUCCGGCUACAGCUUCAAUGGCGAGGUAGCGGAGGAGGACGAGGGCAACCUCUCCAUCGAGCAGCAGCUCGCGCCGUGGAUCACGACGAAGAACUUCCUCUUCGCCACGCAGGCCAAGGCGAUGCUCAAGCUCCACGGCGAGGGCGACCCGACCGGGCGCGGCGAGGCGUUCAGCUUCAUCCGUGUCUCCAUGAAGGACAUCUUCGUCAAGGCCGGGGAGGACUACGAGCAGAAACUCGCGGAGGCCGAGAGCCGGCCCAAGUCCGCGCAUCGAUACAACGUCGCCGAGCAGCAGCAGAUCUACAAGUCCGAGAUCGAGCGUAUCUGGAAGGCGCAGUUCGACUCGCUCAGCCGCAAGGACGAGCCGGAGCUCACCGCCGAAGAGCGCGCCGCCGGGCGCGAGACAGACAAGGACAACAAGCGCAUGCAGCGGCGGCAGUCGAUGGGGUACACCCCCGCGCACUCGCCCCCAGAGACCCCUGGGGCGCUGGGGCCAAUCUCCCCAACCUACAGCCGGGGGUCGUCGCUGGCGCGCGAGCGCGAGAUGAGCCUGGGACCGGACGCACAGCGGCGGGUGCUGCGCAUCAAGCGCUUCGUCGACGGGGAGUGGAAGCUGGAGAUCGUGCGUGACCCGUCGGUCAUUACCGCGUACCUCAAGAAGCGCCAGGCGAUCGAGGAGGAGAACAUGACGGCGGAUGCACUCGCGCCGACCGGCGACGCUGAGCGCGACAGGCGUGCGAGGAAGAGGAUCGAGGAGGAGAUUGCACGGAUGAAGAAGAACCAGGAGCGGCGGCUGCACCGGAAGAAUGCGAAGAUCGUCAAAGAGGGCGGCACCCCGCUGCAGCUCAACCGUCCGAUCAAGCCCGACACUACACGCCGCUGCGGUCACUGCGGGCAGAUGGGCCAUAUGAAAACGAACCGGAAGUGUCCGCGCUGGGCGGAGUUCAACCAGGGCACGCCCCCGCUGCCGACGCCGUCCGCGUCUUCCCCGCCCGCGACGUCCCCCACCAGCAACAUCGGGCGGCUUCUCGUUCGGGGGCGCGCAGGACAGCCUGUACUCGCCUGGAGCGUCGGGCUCGUUGCGUCCUGGGCCGUUCCCGGGCACACAUGGUCCGUCGCCGCUCGCAACGAGCCCGCCGAUGAUGCCGGCGGACGACGACGACGACGAUGAGGACGUGCCCGCGACGCCCUCGGGAGCACCCAAGAUCAAGCUGAUGCUCAAGAAGUCGUAGGUCCGAUGUCGUACGCAUUGUGGACUCCGCUGGGAUUUUUUCUGGUCGCAUUGGACGGUAAUUAUGUAUUCUAGAGUCGGGCAUAUCGUGCCUAUGUAUCUGUAGUAUUCGCAUGCUUGUAAUCGACCUGCUUCGACAGCGUC